CAAACUAAAGUUGUCUUGUCUCGCAAGAAGGGUUAUUUGGGGACAGAAUACUUUUAAAUCCAGAGCUUCUCUCUCUCUCUCUCUCUCUCGCUCGUCUCUUUGCAUUUCGCUAACACAGAGAUUCGAAGAGUCUUUGAUCGGAAUUCGAAUCGAAGAUGUUUCUCACAAGGACUGAGUACGAUAGAGGUGUUAAUACCUUCUCUCCAGAAGGUCGACUGUUUCAGGUUGAAUAUGCCAUUGAAGCAAUCAAGCUGGGUUCCACUGCAAUUGGGAUAAAAACCAAGGAAGGAGUUGUUCUUGCUGUUGAAAAGCGUAUUACUUCACCCCUACUGGAACCAAGCAGUGUGGAGAAAAUUAUGGAAAUUGAUGAGCACAUAGGAUGUGCAAUGAGUGGAUUGAUUGCCGAUGCUCGUACGCUUGUUGAACAUGCACGAGUUGAAACCCAAAAUCAUAGGUUCUCGUAUGGGGAGGCCAUGACUGUUGAGUCUACUACACAAGCUCUGUGUGAUUUGGCCCUGCGAUUUGGUGAAGGGGAUGAAGAAUCUAUGUCUCGACCAUUUGGAGUAUCUCUUCUCAUUGCUGGCCAUGAUGAGAAUGGACCUAGCUUAUACUACACAGAUCCAUCAGGCACAUUCUGGCAGUGCGAUGCCAAAGCCAUUGGAUCGGGUUCUGAAGGUGCUGACAGCUCGUUGCAGGAGCAGCAUAACAAGGACAUGACACUUAAAGAAGCAGAAACAGUAGCUCUUUCUAUCCUCAAACAAGUCAUGGAAGAAAAGGUGACCCCCAGUAAUGUUGACAUUGCAAAGGUUGCUCCCACUUACCAUCUGUAUACCCCUCCUGAGGUGGAAGCCGUUAUCAGUCGCCUAUGAGGAAAGGACAUUCACAGCCGAUAUCUUCCAUUAAAUGGGUUGGGCUUUCUAACUACAUGUACUCUCCAGCGUUGUUAUUCGAGGACUUCUCUUGGACAUGCUUUAAUUCUCUUCUGGGAUUGAAUUUAAACUGGUGUGUUAAACCAUGCUUGCUUUUAGUUAAGCAGAUGCUAUGACUUGAAUUCUCUUUCCCCAUAUAUUGAACCCACUACUCUUUCGUUGGA